AUGCUAAUUGAGAGGCAACGAGCAAAGAGUAAACACUACUACUAUUAUCACCUUUUCUCAACGCCAUGGCUCACCACCAUCACGCUCAUUCUCUCCUUUACCUUCUUCUCAAUCUCGAUUAUCAAUUACGGGAUCAUGUUCAACUUUGAGAAGAUGAGCGGGUCGAUCUACAUGAAUAUGGUGUACACCGGGUUAAUAAGAUGGGCAACGAAUGUGGCAUUUGCCUGGCUCGACUACAGGCACAAGUGGUGCGGGCGCAAAUUUGUGCACUGGUUCGGGCUGUUGUUCAUCGUUUUGCCUCUGCUCCUCGUCAUUGGGGCCCAUUACUACGAAAUGUCGGAGCAGCUGAGCUUUUGGAUUCGUAUCUCGAUCCUCAUUGCCGUGUCGAUGACGUCCCAGAUUUACAUUGCCGCCACGAUCCUGUCGAACGAAAUAUUCCCCACGCCAAUCCGAAACCUCGGCUACUCGUUCCAAUCGUUCUUCAACCGUUGCGGUGUUACGCUUUCGCCAUUUGUCUUUUAUUUGAGUGACCACUGGAUCGGUUUGCCAUUCGUGGUGAUGUGCAUCACGGCCCUGAUCGACAUCCUCACCUGGCACUUUGUUCUGCCGGAAACCAAGAACCAAGCCAUGGUGGAGCACAUGCCGAGUCGGAAGCGGCGGAAUCAAGAAAAGGAUCUGACCCUCAUCAAAACA